CACCACCAGGGGGCGAUGGCGCAGCGAGAGCGGAGCAGACAAGAGGGCGGUAUAGCGAGGCCGGAAGCUCCGUGUCACGUGGCGGCACCCGGAAGUAGCGGCAGCGGGGUGGCCAUGAGCAGCAGCGGCGGCGACGGAGCGGGGUCAGGUGGGACCGAACCCGGUGAUGGCUGCGGUAACGGUUCCGGUUCCGGUUCGGAGCGGCGGGUCCAUAUUAUGGUGGAGUAUUGUGAACCCUGCGGUUUCGGGGCCACCUACGAGGAGCUGGCGAGCGCCGUGAAGGAGGAAUAUCCCGACAUCGAAAUCGAGUCCCGCCUGGGGGGCACCGGAGCCUUUGAGAUUGAGAUCAACGGGCAGCUGGUUUUCUCCAAGCUGGAGAAUGGAGGUUUUCCCUACGAGAAGGAUCUGAUGGAAGCCAUCCGCAGAGCCAGGAAUGGGGAACCGCUGCACAAGAUCACCAACAGCCGCCCCCCCUGCGUCCUCCUGUAGCCCUGCAGCUGCUGGGGGUCUCCUGUCCCCCCUCAGCGCCCCCCUAUUGCUCCCCAUUAACCACCUGCAGCCCUGGGGGGCUGCCCCAUGGUGCUGCUGUCACUGCUCCAGCUCUGCCCAUCCCCUGAGGCCACAUUCACAACACAUGGGCUGUAACGUGGCACUGACCUGCUCCCCUCCUGCCCCUCCUGACAACAGCAGCACUGUGGGGUGGGGGGGCUCAUUCUCAGCCCCUGUUGUGAUUUGGGGACCUGUGCAGCCAGUGAACACCAGCCCAACCCCAUCACGGGGGACUCGGCUGCUUCAGGGCUCCCAAAGGUUUAUGCAGAGGAACGUGAACUCGAGUGUGGUUUGUUAAUGAUUCCAGCUCCUCUGGUCACUGUUUAAACAGCUACGAGGGCAGCAGGGACUGGCUGGUUAUAGGAACCCCUGCUUGGCUCCAUCCCCACAGCCCCAGGGUUCAUUGAACAGCCACGAGCUUCCCCUGCUGCCCCGUUCCCAGGCUCCCGGCUCUCCCCCUCCCCACAUCAUGACUCUGCCCUUGGGGCAGCUGAGCCCAGGGCAGCGUGGCAGAAUGGUGCCCAUCCCCUAUUGGUGCCCAUCCCCUAUUUAUGAUGUACUGUCUGUGGGCCCAGCGCUGAAUAAAGGAUGGAGGUAAACGUG